AUGCCUACUUCUCCCCCGAAAUCACCGACACUUGAGACUGGUCAGGCUCUACCGCUUUUAGAUGACAUUGCUGCUGAUCCUUAUGAGCUCAACCAAGGGUCAUUUGAGCCAUUGCACCUCCCAAACACCAUGGCAAGUUCAAUGAAGAUUUUGCAGCAUCAUUCCAACAAUAGCUACAUGUGGGAAAUGCAGAGUCGGAACGAUUACCUUCAGCAAUGGCUGCCGAAGCAGGAAUCGUAUCUCCAUCACCUCCUGGAUCAAGAAGCUCCCCCGGAAGGCAGGAGGUGCUCCAUUUGUGACCAGGAUGGGGUAUACAAAUGUCAAGAUUGUCUUGGGGAGCCCCUCUAUUGUACCGGCUGUUGCAGGAGUCAACAUCAAUGCAAUCCCUUCCACUGGAUCAGUCAAUGGAAUGGUCAGUUCUUCGAGCAAAGUUCUCUUGCUCAUAUCGGACUUGUGAUACACCUCGGUCAUAAUGGAAAGCAAUGUCUGGUCUUCAUGGAUAUGUUGGAUGUCUUCAAAGAAGACGAAUCCAACGAGCCCAUCGAACCAGAAGAUAUACCAUCUGUCUCGGGCCCCGAGUUCCAGCCGAAGGAAAAUACCACGGUCAUCGUUGACAAGUCCAGAGUCCACCGGCUCGAGGUUCGAUGCUGUGGUUGUCCAGAUGCCAUGAGUCUGGACAUUCAACUGUUUCAACAUGGCUUAUUUCCCACAUCAUUCAACAAGCCAAAGACUGUCUUUACAUUCAACAUUCUCGAUGACUUUGUGCUGGACAACCUGGAAUGCAGCACCUCGGCGAUGAACUAUUACAACAAGCUUCGGCGAAUGACCUCAAGUGCAUUUCCAUAUCUCAUUCCUGACCGAUACCAAGAGCUCAUGAGGGUCUCCCGGCAGUGGAGGAAGUUGAAAUCCAUGAAGUGGCAUGGCUUCGGCCAUAUUGCCAACCAACCCAAGCUGGGAGACCUCGCCUUAUUCUGCCCGGCAUGUCCUCAGCCUGGCAUUAACAUAUCGUUGGCAAGGGAAGAGUCACUUGAUGAGUGGAAAUACACCAGGUCUUUCGCGAUGGAUGGAAACUUCAAAGUGGAACACCUGCAUCCUAUCAACCCGGAUGAUGCAAUGAACAUGGACUAUGCCUUGUGCGAGGCUGCGGCAUACAACAUGAAAGGCAUCAGCAAGGCCGUCAACUUCUAUGACAUCAACUGCCAAUACCAAAAGCAUUUUUGCACUUGGGUGGACCGAGGCCAAUUCCUGACGAUGGAUCCCAAGUUGACCAUCAUGCCCAGAAUUGGCCUUUGGCAUGUGCAUGGACAUCAGGACAGCUGCUAUGUGAGAUAUGCAUCAAACUUCAUCGAGGGGAUCGGCCACAUCGAUGGCGAAAUCAUGGAGACCCUUUGGGCCCCUCUGAAUCUAAUAUCUCUGUCUACACGGGGCAUGUCUUCGCCGCACAGGAAAGAAUGUCUCGAUUUUCAGAUGAAUGAUUCCAAUUUCUGCAAGAUGAUUUGUAUGAAAAGAUCCCUUUGCCGGAAAUACAAGGAGGCGAAGCGUGGCGUCACCGAGAGCCAACAGGCAUUUGAUAGACUUGAUGGCACAGCGCCUGAAGGCUCAAAGAUACUGUGGUUGGCGAGCAAGAGGGCAGCUCAAUCAAACAGAAUACGUGAUCCAGCUAUGAUGGACAUAUAUGAAAUCAAUAUCUGGAAGGCACCGAGCAAGAAGGAGAUUGAGCUCAGAUUGCUACAGGAGAAUGAUGCCUGUCAUGCAUUACCUUCUCACCAAUCGGUUGCAACAUGGAUAUCAAUGGGAUUGGCCAUGGAGGAGGCUCAGAUUGCAUUGCUGAUCGAGGUCCGAAGGCUCGGAAAAAGACUUACAGAGACACAAAAAUUGCACAUUGCCCGUCAAUGGGAUCGCCUGCAGGGGCAGAUCAAUGCAUUCACUUGGUCUGCUCAUUCACAUCUCAGAGAUGAAUUCAAUGGUGAUGAUGAUCACUGGGAUUUGGACCCGGAAAUCCUCGACAAUCUUAACAAUGAUCCAGAGGAUUUCGCCAAGACAUUCGACAUCUGCCAAAACACCCCGGAACUCACUGUCAUCCCAUUGCCAUCCAAUUUCGGGAUGUCGCUUCAUGAGGGACAAGCCAAUGAUGCUCUUCACAAUCUCCGAAUUCACUUGUGGAACAAGGCGGUCCUUUUCCGAACCAGUGUGAGGCAGGUGAAGUCCCAAGCUCUGAAGACUCGGGCAUGGUCCCAGGUUACGUUGGUGGAGCAGGCCAUGUCUCUGAAUGCGAGUAUAUAUAAGAAGACAAGGAAGCAGAUGGUGAAGCUUGGUCCGGGGCAGCUCCAGCUUCUAAAAUACCAACCCCUCCUGCAGGAGCAGUUAAAAGUAAGCGCUGCAGUCGGUGAUCCAAAUGCCCGAGGUCAGCGGAAUGAGUCCCUCGCCUGGUUCUGGUCUCUCAACAUCGAUUUAUCCUGA